CGGGGACCCUUAAAAUCUUUAGAUCCUGCACUCAAUUUACGAGUUUACAUUCGAGACCCGUCUGCUUCAACAACCAAAGCCAUGUCGGAACUUCAUGAGCUGGAUAGCAAAGAUGGAGUGCACGAAUCGCAACGCGAUAUUUCGCGCGAAGACGGCAGAGGAGGUGUGGACGAAGACCGGGAAAUCCUCGCUCGUCUGGGAAAGAAGCAGGUGUUGAAGCGUGACUUUGGCUUCUUGUCUAUGCUGGGUUUUGCUUUGACGGUUUUAGCUACCUGGGAGGGUUUAUUGACAACCUUCAGCCAAGGAUUACAGAACGGUGGGCCGAGUGGACUUGUCUACGGCUACAUUAUCGUCUGGGUCGCAACUAUGUCCUCAUUUAGCGUUAUUGCGGAAUUGUCUUCAAUCGCGCCAACAGCGGGAGGUCAAUAUUAUUGGGUAGCGGUUUUGGCUCCAGCUUCCUCUAAGAAGUUUUACAGUUAUAUCACUGGGUGGUUAACUACAAUUGCUUGGGUUGCAGCCACGGCCUCAGGUGGCUACCUCACCGGCACAAUUAUUCAAGGUUUGAUUGUCCUGAACAACAUGGAUUCAUACGUUGCCGAGGGUUGGCACGGCACCCUCCUGUUCUGGGCCUGCGUCUUCGUUGCUCUGUUCGUCAACACCGUCAUUGGCCGAUUGCUGCCGGCGAUCGAAAGUUUGAUGCUGGUAUUGCACGUACUCGGAUUCUUCGCGAUUCUGAUCCCGCUCGUCUACAUGUCUGAAUCGGGGUCGGCCGAGUCUGUCUUCAACACUUUCUUGAACGAAGGCGGUUGGCCUACUCAAGGUCUUUCAUUUUGCGUCGGGAUGAUGGGUUGUGUCUAUUCUUUUGCCGGAGCCGAUGCCGCUGUUCACAUGUCCGAAGAAAUUGUCAAGCCGGCAACGAACGUACCUCGCUGUAUCGCAACUAGUGUCAUCAUCAACGGAGCCCUCGGAUUCGGCAUGCUCCUUGCUCUUCUAUUUUCCAUUGGAGACGUUGACGCGGCAUUGAACACGCCGACCGGUUAUCCCAUGAUCGAAAUCUUUCAGCAAGGCGUUAAGUCCAACGCAGGAGCUUCUGUAAUGGCAUCUAUUGCAGUGGUGCUCGCACUGGCGUCAACAACGGGAUUUAUUGCUACUGCGUCUCGUUUGACAUGGGCAUUUGCUCGUGACAACGGUUUGCCGUUCUCACGAUGGCUUAGCAAGGUCGAGAAGAGAACCCUUAUUCCGAUCAACGCGAUCAUAGUCGUCACGGUAUUGCCUUGCCUCCUCGCUCUGAUUAACAUCGGUUCCUCGACCGUUUUCAACGACGUCAUCUCCCUUGCCGUCAGUGGAUUCUACGCGUCCUACCUCGUCCCAUCCGCCCUUCUUCUCUGGCGCCGCAUGACGGGCGGCAUCGCCAACGCCACCACCGGCUCUGGCAUGCACGCCAUCGACCUAACGGAUCCUGAACGCCCGCAACUCGCCUGGGGCCCGUGGCGCAUUCCCGGCAUUCUAGGCACUUUGAAUAACGCUUUCGCUUGCCUGUGGAUGAUCUUCCUCGUCUUUUUCAGCUUUUGGCCUCCUGCAGUCAACCCAUCCGCCGCGGACAUGAACUACGCCGUACUAGUAACUGGAGCUGUUAUUAUUUUUAGUAUCUUCUACUAUCUCGUCUGGGGACAUAAGACUUACCGCGGACCUCUUGUGGAAAUUGAAGUUUCAGGAGGCAGAUCGUGAGAGGCUUGAUACAUAGGCCAGGAGUUCCGGGUUGCUGAUUAUUUAGAUUUUUGUUGCAUGGUUUGGCGUUGGAAUUACCCUUCUAUGGAUAAAGAAAUUAAUACCAGUGGAAUUCUGGUUUGGUUGUAAUUAGGCC